CGUGCCGGGCGCUGGUGGACGAGCUGGAGUGGGAGAUCGCCCAGGUCGACCCCAGGAAAACCAUCCAGAUGGGCUCAUUCCGCAUCAACCCCGAUGGCAGCCAGUCGGUCGUGGAG